AUGUCGACUGACAAGAUCACCUUCCUGACUAACUGGCACGCGACGCCCUACCACGCCCCGUUGUACCUGGCCCAGGCCAAGGGCUACUUCAAGGAUGAAGGCUUGAAGGUUGCCCUGCUGGAGCCCAACGACCCCUCCGAUGUCACCGAGAUCAUCGGCAGCGGCAAAGUCGACAUGGGAUUCAAGGCUAUGAUCCACACCCUGGCCGCCAAAGCCCGCAACUUCCCCGUCACCUCGAUCGGCUCUCUCCUCGACGAGCCCUUCACCGGUGUCGUCUACCUCAAGGACAGCGGCAUCACCGAGGAUUUCCGCUCGCUGAAGGGCAAGCGGAUCGGCUACGUCGGCGAGUUUGGCAAGAUCCAAAUCGACGAACUCACCAAGUACUACGGCAUGACCGCGGACGACUACACCGCCGUGCGCUGCGGCAUGAACGUGACCAAGGCGAUCAUCCGCGGCGACAUCGACGCGGGCAUCGGUCUCGAGAACGUGCAGAUGGUCGAGCUGGCCGAGUGGCUCGCGUCGCAGGGCCGUCCCCGCGACGACGUCCGCAUGCUGCGCAUCGACCAGCUCGCCGAGCUGGGCUGCUGCUGCUUCUGCUCGAUCCUGUACAUCGCCAACGACGCCUUCCUGGCCGCCAACCCGGACAAGGUGCGCGCCUUCCUGCGCGCCGUCAAGCGCGCCACCGACGACGUCCUCGCCAACCCGGCCGACGCCUACGAGCUCUACGUCGACGUCAAGCCGGCCAUGGGCACCCCCGUCAACCGCAAGAUCUUCGAGCGCUCGUUCGCCUACUUCAGCCGCGACCUGAAGAACGUUGCCCGUGACUGGGCCAAGGUCACCAACUACGGCAAGCGUCUGGGUAUUCUGGACGCCAGUUUCCAGGCGAACUACACCAAUGAGUACCUGGGCUGGGCGCUCGAGGGCGAGUCCGCCGAUCCGCUUGGUGACCAGAAGCGCAUGGCGCUGCUGCAGGAGAAGGUUGCCGCCGAGGGCGGAUUCAGACGUCUGGAGGCUGCGUCCGCUUAA